CUCCCUCACUCGCCGCGCCUCUGGCUGCUCCGUCGGCGCAGACACCAAGCAGAACGAUGAAGGCGAUGUUAGCUCUGGCGCUGCUGCUGGCCGCCGCCGCGUGCGGCUCGCCGCAGCACCCGCCGCAGCAGUACCGCCAGCCGUCGCCGCAGCAACAGCCGCAGCAGCAGCCCCAGCAACAGCAGCAGCUGCAGGGGGCCCCCGACGGGUCGAGUGCGCAGGGCAGGGAAGGCUCCGUAUUUACCAACGAGGCCAUCCGCCAGGCACAGGACACCUACCUCAUCCCCAAGGACGCCACUAUACAGAAAGUACAAGAAGGUAUCGAGCUGGCAGCCUACGAGCACAUCCCCGGCGAUCAGCGCAUCAACCUCUUCGAGAUCCUGGGAGCACACGUGCCCCCAGAGGUAGUCAAUAACUUGCAGGCGCAGGUCGAUCAAAUUGGCAAGCAAUAAGCUUCUUCGUCAGAGAACAUACUGUUCUUUAUUUAUUAGUACUUCGGUAUCUCACCAGACUGUCGAGAGAAAAUGCAUAAAGGACCCUGCACGUUUUCACCAAAAAACAUUGUAUGCUGUGAGUGGACACGAAGACGUUGUGUGAAUCUCCUUAGAAUCGAGAACUACUCUUCAACCAUACACCACGAUUUCAUUUACCCUAAAAUGAAUCUCACUGCUGAUUUACAGGACUCACUCCCCUUUGUCAUAUUUCCAGGUAUCCCCUUUCAAAAUCCGUACACAGGCGACAAAUACGACUGAAACAAUGCUGUAGAAAUUCAAAGAAAAACAUAAUUUGUCAGUCUUCCAGUAUUUUACAAGCAUCUGGAUACAAAAUCACCGGGGAAAUUUUUAGUAGAAGCUAGUUCAUAAGCACAAUUCUCUGUUUCAAAAUGCACAUCUCGGCGAAGAUUUCAUCGUCAUUUAAAAAAUAUGU